AACGGACGUGAUUCAAACAUUCCCCCACGCAUGGUACCAGAGAUCAUCAAGGAGAGCACAUAAGCGUUAUAUCACAGACUAUAAAAGCUUAGGAUAGUAUCUCAUGGUUAGCCAGUAACUAUAUUUGAUCACGGACUUAAACUACAUAGUGUCGAAAAGAAAAAUUAAACAUGAAAGCAAUUGUAAUAGUGCUUGCAAUUUCUCUCGUUGCUGUCUUGGGUGGGUUAACUGAUGAACAAAAGGCAAAAUUGAGACAGUACAGAAGUGACUGUGUCACUGAAACUGGGAUCGAUCCAACUGUGCUGGAAAAUAUCAGAACAAAAGGGGAAGUACCGGAGAAUGACGAAAAGCUUGCCUGCUUUGGUACCUGUAUGUUAAAGAAAAUGGGAAUUAUGAAUGCAGACGAAGAGAUUGAGUGGGAGCUAGCUCGUAGUAAAUUGCCAGCAGACAUACCGCAAGAAAAAUUCGAAGCAGCAUAUAAUGCAUGCAAAGACAUUACUGGAACUGGUUGCGAAAAGGGACACAAUCUGCUUAAAUGUUUCAGGGAAAAUACAUUUUCUUAUUUUUUUAACAAUAGCGAAUAAGGCAAAGCUUUACAUGAAAAUCUAAUUAGACCUAUUAAUUAGGGUUAGAUCUGUCGUCUACUUUAGACGACAUUAAACUAUUACUUUGCACGUUCAUGUAAACAAUAAUGUAAAGCAAUGUGUUAAUGAAAAAAUUAAUACACAUGUCGUUCUAGCAUAAAA